GGGAGUCCCGUUGAACUUCCAAGACUGUGAAUCAAUCACGGGCUCGCGCGCGCGGUGGACGCGUUCGUCAGUCAUCUCCAGUUCACGCUCAAACUGAGGCCGUGACGUCAUCGCAGCGAGGGUCUCCGGAUCUCAGGUGUAUCCCGGAGCUGUCUAUCCCUCCAGCAGUGUGUCGUCAGAUCAUAUCAGGAAUAACGCGGCGGAACGCGCGUCUCCAGCGACAUGGGAAAGACCCGGGCGCUGAUCCUGCUGUGGGCCGCUGUCGGUUUAUGCGACAGCAGGUCGGUGAUGGUGUCCGGGGGCCCCCUGCUCCGGGUCGAGGGCCAGCCGCUGUCCAUUCACUGUGAUGUAUCGGAGUACCAGGGCCCGAGAGAGCAGGAUUUUGAAUGGACUAUAACACGAGGGACAGAAACCAUCAAUGUGAUCUCAACGUUUGAUGAUCGUUUCACAGACCACUCUCUUCUGGACCGCAUAUGGAGCAACGACAUUAGUGUGUCACGACUAGCAGACAACGCCGUUGAACUAAGAAUUCAGGAGGCUCGAGUUAGUGACAGCGCCAUCUACCGCUGCAGUACUCCGAGCACAGACUCGGUCAUUAGUGGAAACUAUGAAGCAGACGUCCAGCUGCAAGUUGUUCCCAGCAGUCUGAUUGUGGCUCCUGAUGUCCCAAACCCUGUGGUUCAUGAGGGCGGAUCUAUCAGACUCCAGUGCAACGUCUCCCGCAACUUCAUCGAAGGAAUUUACCUGUCUCUUACAUGGUCGGUUAAGAGAGGCUCAUCUCUGCUAGAGGACCUGCUGACCUUUGGUCCAGAUUUUGGUGUGACAGUUGGUGAUGACUACAUGCUGCGCUACACAGAUGGAGGGAUGCGUCUAGAAAUGGGAAACGGCGUCUCGCACAGUCUCAUACUCUCCGGAGCAACGCCAGCUGAUCAGGGCAUGUAUGUGUGUACAGCCAAAUUGUGGACAAGAGAGCAGAGAAACUGGAACCGCAUUCAGGAGAAGACAAUGGAGAUAGGAGAAGUGACUGUCACCCCUACAGCGAACUCCCUCAUCGUUCAGGUUCAGGAUAACACCACAUUAUCCACAGGAGAAACGCUGCUCCUCACCUGUUCUGUUUCUGCUGAAGACUCUGUUGAACUGGAGGUGAUGUGGCUGAUGAAUGCUACCCUUGUUCUGGCCCAUCUGAGUCAUGACGGCGUGUUGACCAACACAUCUGAUGCCGUGGACAUGAGACGAUUGGGAAAGUGGGAUUUCCAGAUCAAGGUUCACGAAGUGGAGAUGUCUGAUGCGGGAUUAUAUGCAUGCAAAGUGAGCGCAUGGGUUCAGCGUGAUGGUGGACAUUGGUACCGGGUCGCGGAGAAGAUUUCAGACCCCAUACACGUUCAUGUUAUAAAGCAAAAUCCAGACUACACUGUUGUUCUGAGUUCAUCUUUGAAUGCAAAGUUCUCUGGUGACCCGAUGGAGUUGGAAUGCAAAGCCACAAACAUGUCAAACCUUCUUAGUGGACGACUGGGAGUGUUGUGGCUGUACAGAGACGUUCCACCUGGUGCCGUGCCAGGUUCUACUCACACCAUCGUGUCACUGGAUGAGAAUGGGAUCCUUGUGCCAGGCAAGACGUACAAGAGCCGUGUGGAGGCGGGGUUUAUUACAUUGACUCGAAUGGAACCUUACACAUUCAAGCUCCGCCUCUUUCGCACCACGGAUGCUGACGCUGGUGAAUACAUGUGUGCCAUAAUGGCAUGGGUACCAUCUCAACAUGGGAAUUGGAAAAAGGUAGCUGAGUAUGUGACCCCAGCACUUGAAGUCAGCUUUGCAAACAAGCGUCCUGUUCUCGGUGUCGUGGCCCGGCGACUCCGUGAAGCCACGGCUGCUGGCUCCACGUUUGAGAUGAGCUGCCAGGUCAACAUCCAGAAUCUCCCACCGGGAACUGCCUUCUCAAUCCUCAUCUUGUAUGAGGUGGCCAUCGGGUCACCCAGCCGAAAACUGGCCUCUCUGGGCCCUGAGAUGGUUCUUCAGCUGGAGGACUGGGGUGAGCCAGGCCGAAAGGACAGCCUGAUGCUGGUGAAGACCGGUAAAAGGGAGUUCCAGUUCCGGAUCCAGGCGGUGCAGGUAACCGAUCGUGGGUUCUAUUCGUGUGAAAUGAAAGCUUGGACGAAGCAGCCCGGGGAAGACUGGAUUGAGAUGGCCAAAGGAGUGUCCAAUAAGGUUCAGAUCGCUUUUGCACACAAAGGUCCCACAUUUGAUUUGUCCAUCAGUUCAGACUUAACGAGUGUUUUCCCCUGGGAAACUGUGAAGAUGGAGUGUGACGUCAGUGUUACUGGCACGUCUCCCACUGCAGAUGAUGUAGCGUACGAGAUGAAGUGGUUUCUGAAUCGUCUGAGGGGCUCAAACAGCACGUCCCUGCAAGCCAGUAUGGACCGAUGGGGCAUCGUGCACAAGGCCCCUCGCAACGACAGCAGUGACUGCAGCCUGGAGCGCCUGGGACCCAGAAGAUUUGCCCUUAACAUCCACAGCACACAGGACAGUGACGCAGGAGGCUAUUUCUGCAUUGCAACCCCCUGGUUCCGGUCGACCACUAGUGGGGUCUGGAGCAAAGCACCGGAGGUCACCUCACAAAGAGUCUUCCUCAAUGUUAAGUUUGCAUUGUGGGACUCAUUGAAGCUGCCUUUGCUUUAUGGGAUCUGUGCUUCGGUGACUGUAGGCAUUGCUUCUCUCGUCCUGGGCCUAGUCUGCGCUCACUGCUGCUGUAAAACCACGACACCUACUCCACGCGCUCACAACAAACUCAUGGAGCUGGAGAUAGAUUGACAAAGACAGAACAGUUGUCCCCUGCCGACCUGGACGGCGUGUUGACAACUGAUGGAUGCUGGGACGUGUCCUGUGAAGCUACAUUCUCAGAGGAAAUAACUACUGAAUCAGAGUCAACGGCCACAGAAUCACUCAAAUAUUGCACUAAACACAUUCUCGUAUCAGCCAGGUGAACAUAUGGUUGGAUUUAUGAACCUUCUGCCAUUAAAAACAAAACGUUUCUUUUGCGCUCUGAUUAAAUACUUGACAAGAACAUGCUGAUUUUGACAUAUCAACAGAAGGAUUAUAUUGCUCAAGCUCCAAAGAGACCAUCUGCUUCCAGAUCAGGGUUUUAAAGACACUCAUUUCUACCGUGAUUCUUCUGAGUCUGGUGCUCUCUCUUUUUGCAAAACAUGGGAGGAGCUGAACCCAUGCCACAAUGUGAAAGACGACAUUUUAUCUUUGAUUCUGUGACAUUUUGUGUUGUAAUGUAUGUACCAUUCAGCUUUGUUCUCCAGAGUUUACCAGCUCUGACUAACCCACCCUCUAAAAGCUAACUAGUCAACCAUUAUCAACUGGGAUAACUGAAAUGCGACAGGGGCAGUCACACUAGAUUUUAAACAUGAAUUUAAAUAUAUGAUGCUUUCUUAAAUAAGUAGUAUUUUUUAAAUAAAUAACACAUUUCUAAUGUUAUAAUAUAUAAUCUCCUGUUUCCAUGUAUUGGGCUGACACAUAUGUUUAGCUAGCUAGCAACACCCUAGCAACCACAUCACACUGGAACAACCAUCUAAAACUCCUUCACAACUGUUUAGAAACAUCCUAGGAAUUGAUUAGCAACUCCAUAGCAAUAAAUUAAAAGGGUCACGAACUGCCUUUUUAUUAUUUUGUACUGUUCACUGAGGUCCACUUAUAAUGUUUUCAAGAUUUUCGUCAUAAAUGUUCCUUAUUGGUAAAAGUAUUUUGUAAACCAACCCUCCUAACUAGAACUUUGGUACAGAGAGAUAGUUGAAAGUCCCAUGCACAAUUCUUGCACACCCCACAUUCACAUGAAAGCAGUUUGGCUGAUGAAAUAUCGACUCAUUGACUCCUACAGAUGGGUCAGUUUGAGUCACGUGGAGGUCAGCGAUUGCUUAGGUUGAAUCUGUGUCUUGGACCUGGUCUUGAAGCUCUGCUAACAGCUUGGCCCACAGUUCUGCACCUCCACCUGCGACUCACGGAGCAAGUAGAGCUAACACUCAUUGCUGUGUAUUAGGGCCAUGAGACCCCCAGAACAAGUACUUUCCUCUUUAGUGACAAAUCAAGGACAUUGGUCGACCUUUGUCUGCUUCUGAGGGACUUUGUCUUCACCCCUAAAGCUAUCGGCUAACAGCUCCUGCUGAGUCUCCAACAUAUAGCUAGUAGAAAUUCACAGUGUUUGUGCUCUGCAAACAUUCUAGUUUGGGUUUGUUUUCAACCUCUUUUCCUCAGUAUUAAACUUCUGUCACUAAUUCAGUCCAAGACUUUGUUCUCUAGAUCUAUUCAGCCUUGAGAGUGCUUCGGUAUUUAUUAUUUCGGUUUUGUAAACUUCAUACUUUCUAGGAAAAUUAAGAUUGAGAUUCGAAACUUCUUUUGACAUUGUUCACUAUUUAAAAUGACUGUGUUGAUGUCAUCAUACAAUUGUUCUUCGGACCUGCUUUUAUUUGCAUACAGAAUUACGAUUGGUGUUUGAUUGUGCCAUUGACUGGGUUGUUGAAUUAAAGAUUUAGUGACAUGGUUAA